AUGCAAUGCAAAUUGUCGAACGGUGGCGAUGUACGAGAAGCGCGACGACGACGAGCUGGACUUCGAGUUCUGGACAACGUCUUGGCGGGCGCGAGUGGCGAGUGCGGAACCAACGUGUACGGCAACGACAGCACCCACGCCGGCCGGGAGGAGCGCUACGACCUCCCCUUAGAUCCCACCGAUGACUUCCACCACUACUCCAUCCUCUGGACCAGCGACCGCAUCAUCAAUAGCAAGUACUGUAGGAUCGAACUAGUACUGGACGAUGCAGCGCGUACCGUGGUGAUCUUGCUCGCUGCACGGGAGGGCCUCCUCCAUGAUGCAAAGGGAGCCGUCGGAUUCGAGCCCGGGGUGCAAGUGGAACUGGAAGCCCCCGCCACCAUUGGCGCCGGCCGUGGCGACACUAUCUUCGCCGCCGUGGAGAGCAUUGCAGAAGGCCGCGGGCGAGGAGCUGACGACGGGAGGGUAGAAGGGGCCUCCGUGGUGGUCCUGUACCGGAACGCCGUUGUUGCCGUCCGCCGGCGCCGCACCAUCCAUGUUAGGCGACACGUCCAGCAGCCAGUUGGCCAUGGCCACCACACCAUCAUCCAUGGUUUGGGAGACAAGGCGGCCGCCGGCCCGGAAGGGAAGCUGCGGACCGCGAUGUCCACGGCCGCCGCUUCGUUCUCCGCCUGGGCGGAGGCAGGAGCUAGCGCGGCGCUGGGGCACGCGGGGACGGUGGCUGCAGACCGUGCUGCGGCCUGCGGGUACGGGGUCACUGAUUGUAGCAGAUCUCAUGAGAGGCAAAUAAUCGAUACUGGUAUCACUACAGCUAGUUUCCAGACAGUGCUGUCAAUGUGA